CUAGGUACCUACAUCUACUAUCGAAGACACAGCUGUAUUCACGCGGACGUAGUAAAGCAGACUACCUCUAAGGUGCGGGUAGCUGAAGCGCAAUCGUUCUCUUAAACCAUUGUCCAUCCUCCCUCACUGACAAGGACACUCGACUCUCCAACCACCCUCCCUUCUCAACACCUUCUCCCCACCAGGGCACACCAAAAUGAAGCUCCUCUCCCUCAUCACGGCCCUCCUGGCCACCCUCACCACCGCCCACCCCGUCUUCGACGACCUCAUCACCCCCUCUACCCCCCUCGACUACAAACGCGCUCCCGCCGCUUCCCUCCGUCAAGUCUCCAACUUCGGCUCCAACCCCUCUAACGUCAAAAUGUACAUCUACGUCCCCGACAACCUUGCCGCCUCCCCACCCAUCAUCGUUGCCAUCCACUACUGCACCGGCACCGCCCAAGCUUACUACACCAACUCGCCCUACGCCCGCCUCGCCGAUCAAAAGGGUUUCAUCGUCAUCUACCCCGAAUCCCCUUACUCCGGCACCUGCUGGGACGUCUCCUCACGUGCCACCUUGACGCACAACGGCGGCGGCAACAGCAACUCCAUCGCCAACAUGGUCGACUACACCCUCAAGACCUACAACGGCGACGCCACCAAGGUGUUUGUGACGGGUUCCUCGUCAGGCGCCAUGAUGACCAACGUCAUGGCCGCCACUUAUCCUGCUUUGUUCGCGGCGGGGAUUGUGUACAGUGGUGUUCCAGCCGGAUGCUUCUACUCGCAAGCAGGCGGGACGAAUGCGUGGAAUAGUAGUUGCGCUAAUGGCCAAGUCAACGGAACGCCCCAGGUGUGGGCGAAGGUGGUGCGUGAUAUGUAUCCCGGUUAUGAGGGGGCGAGACCCAAGAUGGAGAUAUACCAUGGGAGUGCGGAUACCACGCUGAAUGCGAAUAAUUAUAAUGAGACGAUCAAGCAGUGGGCGGGCGUGUUGGGGUUUGAUUAUCAGAAGCCGGAUACGACGCAGGAUAACGUGCCGCAGAGUGGGUAUACGACGUAUACGUGGGGAGAGCGAAAGCUGGUGGGGGUGUAUGCGAGGGGGGUUGGGCAUUCGGUGCCGAUUCGGGGGAGUGAUGAUAUGGAGUUCUUUGGGCUGUAG